UCAAGGAGCCGACCAGAAUUGGGUUUUUGAACGUAAUUUUUUUUUUUAAUAUUUAGAAAGUUUAUAUGCAUAUGUUUUAUAGAAAAAAAGUGCUUUUUUUUCGUAAUAUUAACGGAGAUGUAGAUUUUAUAAAAUAUUACUUUAAACUCAUAGCCGAUGACGCGCCGAUCACGCCCGAAGUUACCCGAGCCGUCUGUGACGUCACAAUGUUACAUACCGUAUACGAUAUCUGUUGAGAUUUUGAGUUUUUAAUAGAAAUGGCAACAAUUAAAACGUAUAGAACGUGUUUCGUCCCUCUCUGUGGUAGUACAACAAAAAGUACACCAAAUAAAGUGUUCGCGACAGUACCACAAGACGUGAACCUUCGUAAAAAAUGGUUUAAUGCCGUUCGGAGAGAUAACCUAAAAAACAGCAAAUCGAACUUCUUUUGCUGUGAAGACCAUUUCAAUCUGCGAGAGGAUAUGAAAAAUUAUCAGUAUCACAUGAUGAUGGGAGGUCCAGUAAAAAUUAGAAAAAACGUUAUUCCACAUAAAUUCGAAUGCCAGCCCGACCGUAAACGUAGAACAUGCUCAACUCCACGUAUAGUAGCAGAAAAACGACAAAGACGAGCGGAAAUAAACGAGAUCUUUACAGAAACAUUCGAGUCUUCUUCGACAAAUGCUGCAGAUGCAUCGGAACAGAAUAUAAGGGAUUUCAAUAUAACUGCUGCCCUAAAUAAGCCUGCGAUAAAUGAACUCGGUCUCAAAUCUCGAGCUGAACAAACUUUCACUGUGUGUGAAAUACAAGAAGUAGCGGAUACAAGAAGAGACGUCGGAAUACAGACUUCCAUGAUGCAGCACAGUGUUGGCGUACAGGUCAAGAUUCGACCACAUUAUCGUAGCGUUUAUACAAUGUGCAACAUUCCAGUAUCGACUGUCAAUGAAUGUUGUUCUCCGAUUAAAUUACCCAUUUGUACGAAUGUUGCAACUUCUCCGACAAAACCUAUUAUUUCUAAGAUGUCCUAUGCAAAUGACACCAUAUCGACAAGCACUACAACUACAUCGAUAGAUAUAAGUAGUUCUCAUGAUUAUUAUAUGUUUAGCGACCAAACGAGUCUCGAUAAUCCUAGUAGCCCAAAUAAAUAUAAACGUGACAUAUUAAAUGUAACAAACUAUUUCAUAAGUACCAACAUGAAAGCGUACCUAGGGAUUCCAAACGAAUGGAAAUCACUGUUGCAUCUUUUGAGCACGAAAGGUAAUGUAAGUAUCCAAAAUAUACAGUUAUGUUUAAUGAAGAUCAGAAGACAAGAUACGUUAGAACGACUGGCUGAACAAUUCUGUAUGAGUCCUAGUAAUGCAAGUAUAGUUUUCAACAAAACUGUUCCAAUACUCAGUCACUUACUAAAAACUUUGAUUUUCUUCCCAAAUCCUGACUUAGUUAAAAAAACUUUGCCUAUUCCUUUUCGGAGCUCGUACAAUCAUGUCCAGUCCAUAGUAGAUGCUCUGGAAAUACAAAUCGAAAAACCGAGUGAUCCCGUAAAUCAAGCCUUGACUUGGUCUGAAUAUAAAAAAUGUAACACGAUAAAGUAUUUGAUAUCUUGUGGACAGGAUGGCUUUAUCAAUUUCAUUUCUACUGGAUAUGGAGGUAGAAUAUCAGAUGUAUUAUUGUUUGAGAAGUGUGGUAUACUAGAUCAGCUUCCUGAAAAAUGUGCUGUUAUGGCGGAUCGAGGUUUUAAAAAUAUUAAAUCUUUAUUAGCAGAAAAACAUUGCAAGUUAAUAAAACCACCAAGCGUAUCGUCUACACAUAAACCUACGAAAUCUGAGGUUUUGGAAACCAAGCGCAUUGCUAGCUUACGGAUCCACGUAGAACGUGUCAUUGGGAGAUUGCGUGAAUUCGAUUUUCUAAAGCCACAUGCUGUUAUAAACCAUAGUAUGUUAUCUUACACUGAUGACAUUAUCGUGAUUGCCUCGGCGUUAAUAAAUUUACAUUCACCAAUAAUAAAAAAAUAGUAUGACAAGUGAGUAAUAAUUCUGAAUAUAUUAUAUAUUUUGUUACAUAUACAGUUUUAUACAUUAAUACCUUACUUCUGUACAGAAGAUAAUAACAAUGGAAAUAUAUUUCUUUCCCAAAA